CCAGUGAAAACGCAUGAGGUCUGGCGUGGUGGUAUAUAAUGGACAACGGCAGAGAGACCGACAGUCAGUUCCUCGUGACAACACAACACACACCAUGAACACUAAGAUCUUGAUCGUGCUGGCCAUGGCCGCCCUGGCAGCAGCAGACAGCCGGGAAGCCUUCUCUUAUGCUGCCCCUCGGGAUUCCUCUGAGGAGUCGUAUGAGUCUAGUGAGGCUCAGUACAACUUCAACUACGCCGUGAAGGACGACUCUUCCGACAACGACUUUGGCCACCAGGAAACCCGCGACGGUGACGACACCCAGGGGUCGUACUACGUGCAGCUUCCCGACGGUCGUCUGCAGACUGUGACCUACGUCGUAGACGGUGACUCAGGCUACAUCGCUGAUGUCAAGUACGACGGAGAGGCUCGCUACCCUGACUCUGACGAGUCCUUUGAGUCCCGGGAGGCUCCCCGCUACGCCCCUCCCAGGCCAAGCUACUUUGACUCCAACGAGUCCAAGUAGACUCCCGUCAAAUCAGUCACAGUUGUGUCGACCACCGUCUCCUGAACUAGGCCCCCGACUGUAAUUUAUUUCAGCUAUACAUAAACACUGUAAAUAUUAUUUAAAUUAUUUGAAAUACAAUUUAAGACCACUGCAA